ACCUGGCGCGUCAGCCCUCCGGAGGCGCUAGGCUCGGCCGGGCGAUGGAGAUCGCGGCCGAGCGGAGCGUUCCAGGGUGUUUCCCGUCGGUGCCAUCCUGACUGGGCAGGGCUGGGCGAUCUAAGCGAUCGCGACGUUAGCAACCCAGCGGAGGAGGCUUAACCUCUUUUGGCUUUGAGUGCGCUUAAACGAGGGUAGCCGGUCGUCUCCUCAGCCGCCUUUACGACGUCCUUUGUCGGACAGUGACAGCGUCCCAUUUCGGGGAGCGAGCAUUUCGUAGCCGGCCCGGAUAGGUUUGUCGUGCGAGUUUUUAGCCCAGUAGAUGUAGGGGCGAUAGGGUGUGAUAAUUCGAAAUCCGGGGUGUAACCCGUGCGGAGACACUGCGGGGUUUGCCAGCUGUGAGCUCCGAAAGGCGCUGGCGCACUGAGAGAUGGAGGAAGGACGGCCGACCUGACCCAGGCAGCUCUCUAGCCUCCGUUGGUCUACCUGACCUGGCCUCCUCCGCAUAAACGGCCGGGACUAAAAGGCCUAUACAAGGAAGGCGGUUUUUCCGAGUUUUCUUUGCGCAGAAGGCAAUUCCGUGCCGUCACCCGCUUCCCUCUUCUGGGUUUUGGUCGGAUGCGGUCCUCGUUCUGCAAUCGCAUCCUUCCCGGGGCUCUAAUGCAAUGGGCUGGAUGGGAGAUGGCGUUACCGCCCGGCAGGAGUGAGGCUGGGAGGGCUCAGCCGCCGCGUCGUUCGCUCUGAGGUCACCGCUCGGCUCGUUCCCGCGUCCACACCGACGUGACUCCCGAGCCUGAUAACCGCUCCUACCUCUGGCCGAGGACGCGGGAGGCUCAGCGGGCAUGCCGCGGCUCUUUCUUGCCUUCCUCCUGACCCACGAUCCGUGGUCCCGUAUUGCUGCUGUCGGCGCCCCUCCGGACUGGGCAGGGCGCUGAGGACGAACGGAGGCUGCGUUCUUGAAGAGCGUCCGCCGAAAAGAAGCUCCCCGGGCUGCCUUUGUCUUGGCCGUGAGAAUGUGGGUGAACCCGGAGGAGGUGCUGCUGGCCAAUGCCUUGUGGAUCACGGAGCGGGCCAACCCUUACUUCAUCUUGCAGAAGAGGAAGGGGCACGGAGGCGAUGGAGGCAGCGGAGGGAUCACUGGACUUCUGGUAGGAACUCUUGAUGUUAUGUUAGAUUCAAGUGCAAGGGUAGCACCAUAUCGCAUUCUGUAUCAAGCACCAGAUUCUAUGAUAUACUGGACUAUUGCUUGUGGUUGCUCAAGAAAAGAAAUAACUGAGCAUUGGGAAUGGCUUGAACAGAAUUUACUACAAACUCUUUCUAUCUUUGAAAAUGAGAAUGAUAUAAACACUUUUGUCAGAGGAAAAAUACAGGGUAUCAUCGCAGAAUACAACAAAAUCAACGGUAUUCGGGAAGAUGAUGACACGGCCAAAUUUAAGGAAGCAACAGUGAAGUUUCAUAAAUUGUUUGGGAUGCCAGAGGAGGAGAAACUUGUGAAUUACUAUUCCUGUAGUUAUUGGAAAGGGAAAGUCCCACGUCAGGGUUGGAUGUAUCUCAGCAUUAACCAUCUGUGUUUCUAUUCUUUUCUCAUGGGACGAGAAGCUAAACUUGUCAUCCGAUGGGUAGAUAUCACCCAGCUUGAGAAGAAUGCAACUCUGCUGUUACCUGAUGUGAUCAAAGUUAGCACAAGAUCCAGUCAGCAUUUCUUUUCUGUAUUUCUCAACAUCAGUGAAACAUUUAAACUAAUGGAACAACUUGCUAACAUAGCUAUGAGGCAACUUUUGGACAAUGAAGGCUUUGAGCAAGACAAAUCACUCCCCAGACUUAAAAAGAAGUCUCCUAAAAAAGUAUCUGCCCUAAAACGGGAUCUUGAUGCCAGGGCAAAAAGUGAAAGGUACCGUGCUUUGUUUCGGCUUCCAAAGGAUGAAAAACUAGAUGGACAUACCGAUUGUACUCUGUGGACCCCAUUUAAUAAAAUGCACAUUUUAGGUCAGAUGUUUGUGUCUACAAAUUACAUUUGUUUCACUAGCAAAGAAGAAAAUCUAUGCAGUCUCAUCAUCCCACUUUGGGAGGUGACAAUUGUUGAAAAGGCAGAUAGCUCAAGUGUCUUACCUAGUCCAUUAUCUAUCAGCACUAAAAACCGAAUGACGUUCCUCUUUGCCAACUUGAAAGACAGAGACUUCCUAGUGCAGAGGAUUUCUGAUUUCCUCCAGAAAACUACUUCCAAAAUUUAUUCUGAAAGAGAGAUUUCUGGAAGUUACAACAGUUCAGAUGAUGAGGUUUAUUCAAGGGCAAGUAGUAUUCUUUCAUCCAGCCCCCAGAGAAGCCUGAACUCUGAGGUGGAUGGAGACCAGCACUUCAACUUGAAUGGAAAUAGUGUCCCAACUAUCACACAGGCACUAAUGACUAUGUAUCGUCGGCGUUCUCCAGAGGAAUUCAACCCUAAAUUAGCAAAAGAAUUUUUGAAAGAAGAAGCUUGGAAAAUGCAUUUUGCUGAAUAUGGCCAAGGUAUCUGUAUGUAUCGUACAGAGAAAACCAGAGACCUUGCAUUAAAAGGUAUUCCUGAAAACAUGAGAGGGGAACUAUGGUUACUCUUGUCAGGAGCAAUAAAUGAAAUGGUUACCCAUGCUGGCUAUUAUGAAGACUUGGUGGAGAAAUCUAUGGGGAAAUAUAAUCUUGCGACAGAAGAGAUUGAACGGGAUUUGCAUCGCUCUCUUCCAGAGCAUCCAGCAUUCCAGAAUGAGAUGGGUAUUGCUGCUCUGCGGCGAGUCCUAACUGCAUAUGCAUUUAGAAAUCCAAAUAUAGGAUACUGCCAGGCCAUGAAUAUUGUUACAUCAGUCUUGCUAUUGUAUGCAAAGGAAGAGGAAGCAUUUUGGUUGCUGGUGGCUUUAUGUGAGCGCAUGCUGCCAGAUUACUACAACACAAGAGUUGUUGGUGCUCUGGUGGAUCAAGGUGUGUUUGAAGAAUUAGCUCGAGAUUAUAUCCCACAACUCUAUGACUGCAUGCAGGAUUUGGGAGUCAUUUCAACCAUCUCUCUUUCAUGGUUCCUCACACUCUUCCUCAGUGUAAUGCCUUUUGAAAGUGCUGUUGUGGUGGUAGAUUGUUUCUUCUAUGAGGGUAUAAAGGUGAUAUUCCAGUUAGCACUAGCUGUGCUAGAUGCAAAUGUAGAGAAGUUGCUGAACUGUAAAGAUGAUGGUGAAGCUAUGACUGUGUUGGGAAGAUAUUUAGACAGUGUGACCAAUAAGGACAGCACCUUGCCACCAAUUCCUCAUCUUCAUUCACUAUUGAGUGAUGACAUAGGGCCUUAUCCUGAAGUAGAUAUAUUUAGGCUCAUCAGAACUUCCUAUCAGAAAUUUGGCACCAUUAGAGCAGAUCUGAUUGAACAAAUGAGAUUCAAACAAAGGUUGAAGGUCAUUCAAACCUUAGAAGAUACUACCAAACGAAAUGUGGUACGAACCAUAGUAACUGAAACUUCAUUUACAAUAGAUGAGCUGGAAGAACUCUAUGCCCUUUUCAAGGCAGAACAUCUCACUAGCUGCUACUGGGGAGGCACCAGCAAUGCCACUGACCGUCAUGAUCCAAGCUUGCCUUAUUUGGAACAGUACCGCAUAGAUUUUGAGCAGUUCAAAGGGAUGUUUACUCUUCUCUUUCCUUGGGCAUGUGGAACUCAUUCUGAUGUUCUAGCUGCACGCUUGUUCAGAUUGCUGGAUGAAAAUGGCGAUUCCUUAAUUAACUUCCGAGAAUUUGUUUCUGGACUUAGUGCAGCAUGUCAUGGCGAUCUUACUGAGAAACUGAAACUACUUUAUAAAAUGCAUGUUUUGCCAGAUCCAUCUUCUGAUCCAGAAGAGCCAGAUUCAGCAUUUGAAGCAACUCAGUACUUCUUUGAAGACAUUACACCAGAGUGUACACAGGGUAGAAAGAUGUUUGUUGCUGUAGAAGGAAGGAACAAACAUGGAGUUGAAGAGGGAUUUGUUAAUGUGAGUUUGAAAACAGAAAAAGGAAAGAAGAAUUCUCAAGAAAAUAAAAACUGCCUUAAAAUCUGGAGUCAAGAGAAUAAAUCCAAAGCCAGAAAUGCAAAGGACUUGCCUAAACUAAAUCAGGAGCAAUUUAUCGAACUAUGUAAGACCAUGUAUAAUAUGUUCAGUGAAGACCCCAAUGAGCAGGAUCUUUAUCAUGCAACUGCAGCUGUGACAAGUUUGCUUCUAGAGAUUGGCGAAGUUGGUAAGCUAUUUAGUGUCCAAUCGAUUAACGACGUUGAGAAUAGCAGUAAGACCAUUCCAAAUGUGCUGAUUCAGAAGAAAGGGAGCCAGCAGUACCGUCUUGACCAACACGAUCAUUUUCAAAAUGGUUUUCUUGAUGAAGAGGAGAAUAUUUGUGGUGACAGUUCACAGAUGGAGGAUGUUAAACUGGAAGAUUCUUCUCCUAGGGAUAAUGGAGCUGGUUCUUCCAUGUUGAUUUCUGAUGAUGAUACUAAAGAUGACAGCUCCAUGUCUUCGUAUUCUGUCCUGAGCACAGGUUCUCAUGAGGAGGAAAAGCUGCACUGUGAAGACAUCAGUGAAGACACUGUUUUGGUACGAAACAGCAACCCAGCUUCUUUGCCAAGAAGGAAUAGUAGUAUUGACAGAGACUGGGCUAUCACCUUUGAGCAGUUUUUGGCUUCCCUGUUGACUGAACCAGCACUUGUGCGGUACUUUGAUAAACCAGUGUGUAUGAUGGCAAGAAUUACUAAUGCUAAGAAUGUGCGAAUGAUGGGAAAACCCAUAAUAUCAGCAAGUGAUUAUGAAAUCUCUGCUAUGUCAGGCUAAAUCAGACAUGUCAAACCCACGACAUCAUGUGAUGUCGUGCAACGUAUCAGGAUGGUUUUGCCAUUACCGGCAAUGGGGUGGGCGCGGCUUCCGGAUGAUGCCUCCACCCCGCAGGCCGGCAGUUUGACACACCUGGGCUAAAUGGACUGGAUAAGUAGAGUUUUUUAAAAUUCUUUUAGGUUUUUGAAAUAUUUAUUAUAGCCUACACAGGUCCUGGUGUUCACAAAAUUUAUUAGUAAUUGUUUAUGUAAACAUAUUAGGAUGUACAGUACAUCUAUUUUAUUUUGAAUUAUUAUUAUUUUUUUGUAUAAUGGGAAAUAUCAUUAAAAUGCUCGUCUGAGUCAGUUGAAGGGAAAUCAUUGUCAUUGGUAUAUGUAUUGUUAGUCUUGCUAUCCCUGGAUAAAUAGUGAAAAUUUGUUCAGUUCUAAUUUAAUGAACACUAUAUGUGUAUGUUUGAUAGACAGAUCUGAAAUGUCUUAAUAAGGAAGGAACCUUAAUAAUUUAGAAUAGUGCAAAUACAGAAUAUGCUGCAGUGUAUUUGUAGAGUUCCUUUAUAACAUUUUCUUUAUAAUUUGGCAGAAGUAGCACUCUAUUAGUAUAGCUUUUGUGCAUACAGAGCUGCUUCUCUCUCAACUAAUUAAGGGGAAAUUGGACAGGAACUCCGUUUCUGCACUGCAGCUGUUGUGCCUGUACAAAAAUAGAUUCAGAAAAAAAUAGAAAGAGAUGCUGUCAACUUGAAAAGUAAACUCUGCAGCAUACGUGAUUAGGUGUCUCUUGAAAUAUUUUUUUUAAGAAGUCUUGUUAUUUUUUAAUACUUUUUAAAACAUUCUUCGGGGAUACUGCCAGGAACCUUUCUUGAUACCUGUCAACAUCCUGACCUAAACAGGUAAUGGUACCCCUUUUUAAAAAAAUGAGACUUUUUAAAAAUUCUGUAGAUAAUUCUGUUUUAUUGAUACUUUAAUCCUAAACAUCAUAAACUUAGUGUACUGUAGAUGACAAAUUCAUAACCGAAUUGCAUAAUCCUUCAUUAAAAGUUAUUAGCAAGAAUGUAACCUGUAAAAUAGCUGCAAGAAAAUGUAAUCAAAUGUUUGACAAUUUCAAUGAAUGAAACCGUCACUUUAUUUAUAAUUAACAGAAUGUGUUGAAUGAUAAAUGGAGCACCUGCACUUUGAAUUCUUGCUUACUUUUCAGAACCAUUAGUUGGGCACAACCCAGUACUAGAGAACAUGCAGUACAAAAAACACAUACCCAAGUAAUGACUGAAUGCCAAUAGAAAUGUGUUCUGCUCUUUGCAACCUGUCUGUUUAAGCAGGAGAAGAAAUAAUGCUUUAAGUAAUCCUACACAAAUAAUCUCAAUAUGGGCCCAGUACCCUUGUAAGGACAGGAUUGUGUCUAGUUUUUUUACACAUUCAUAGGUGAUUGAAUAUGAGUAAUUUUUAUCUGCUUUAACUUUGUUCACUGUCUUCAAAACUCAUUUUUUUUCUUUUUAUGUAUUAUAUAUUAUUGUAAUUAUCCUUUUUAAAAUUAAAAUAUUGAUUUGAUUCUUAUUUAGAGUA